AUGGCUCCUCUUGGCAGAGCAAGAGCGGCGGCGGCGCCUCGGUGGCUCCUGGCCGCGGUCUCGCUGCUCGUUGCGGCGGUGGCGGCAGCGCGGCCCGGCGCCGGAGUGUGCACGUCGGCGCUGGUCAGCCUGUCGCCGUGCGUCGACUACAUGGGCGGCAACGAGGCGACGGCGCUCGCACGGUGCUGCUCGCAGCUCAGGUCCGUGUCGCGGUCGAGACCACAGUGCCUCUGCGCCGCGCUCCGCGUCGACCGGACGCGCGAGCUGAGCCUCACCGCGGCGUGCGGCGUCCAGACAUGGGGACUGCGCGUCGGUUGCAGUGAUCAUCAGUGA